AUGGGGCCUAACAUGCCCAGGAAUCCCCUCACACCAGCCCCCUCCGCCCUGCUGUGGGCGCUACACUUGGGAAUGGUGUUCAUCAGCAGCCCUGCGACUGCCUGUCCCAACAACUGCAACUGCGCAGAGAAGAACGGCUUGGCCGUGGUGCAGUGUGUGUCUCGCAACCUGGACGAGAUCCCCUCAGACCUUCCCAGGGACACCGCCGUCCUGCUGCUGGCCUCCAACCACAUUACCAAGAUCCCCAACCAGGCCUUCAAGGACCUCCAUCGCCUUCAGGAAGUGGACCUGUCCAACAACGCCAUCGAGAGCCUCGACGCUGGGGCCUUCCAGGGCGUGGCGGACAGCCUGCGGGUCCUGGACCUCGCCAACAACCGCAUCCGCAGCGUCCCUAAGGAGGCCUUCGCCAGGCUUCGGGCUAAAAUCAACCUGUCCAACAACCCGUGGCACUGUGAGUGCUCCCUGCAGGAGGUGCUGCGGGAGCUGAGGCUGGACCCAGACACGGUGAACGAGGUGAGCUGCCACACGGCCGUGCAGGAGGAGCACGCAGGGAAGCCCGUCAUUCAGGUCCUGGACUCGGGCAUCAACUUCUGCAACUUCCACCACAAAACCACGGACGUGGCCAUGUUCGUCACCAUGUUCGGCUGGUUCGCCAUGGUGAUUGCGUACGUCAUCUAUUAUGUGCGACACAACCAGGAGGACGCGAGGAGGCACCUGGAGUACCUCAAGUCCCUGCCCAGCAGCUCCCAGAUCAGCAAGGACCUGGACACCAUCAGCACCGAGCUCUAGCAGCCCAGCCAGUGAGGCACAGGGGGAGGGACCUCAGAGACACAGCCAGUGAGGCACAGGGGGAGGGACCUCAGAGCCACAGCCAGUGAGGCACAGGGGGAGGGACCUCAGAGCCACAGCCAGUGAGGCACAGGGGGAGGGACCUCAGAGACACAGCCAGUGAGGCACAGGGGGAGGGACCUCAGAGCCACAGCCAGUGAGGCACAGGGGGAGGGACCUCAGAGCCACAGCCAGUGAGGCACAGGGGGAGGGAUCUCAGAGCCACAGCCAGUGAGGCACAGGGGGAGGGACCUCAGAGCCAGAGCCAGUGAGGCACAGG